GUAGAAAGAAUGCUGGUUUAUUAGGACGGACACCAUUAAGGUCCAUUCGUGGAGCGGCCUUUUUCAGAGAUGACUUCACUACUUUCAAUAAAGGCAACUGGAACUAUGAGGUUUCUAUGUAUGGAGGAUAUAACGGCGAGUUCCAGGUGUAUACCAACGAUCCCAAGAAUGUCUUCACCAGAGAUGGUAGUCUCUACAUUUAUCCGGAGAACCUGAACGGCUGCACCAGAGACGGACACAACGGCAUCCUGCCCCCGGUCAUGUCUGGGAAGGUCAAGAGUGUCCCAGUCCUCAAGUAUGGAACCCUGGAAGUUCGCGCCAGAAUCCCCAAGGGAGACUGGUUGUGGCCAGGUAGAGUUGCUGUGUCAGACGUGUCUGGUUGUCUGGUGGUCUGGUGUGAUUUGCUGUAG